AUGAUGUGGCCGUGGUAUCCAUUUGAACUAUCUUUUGAUGGUUCUGUUUAUCAUUAUUCAAUUACUUUAUCUGUGAUAUCCUUAAUUGAAAGAAGAAGAAGAAAAAGGGGAGGUUAUAAAAUGAGACAAGAAUCACAGAGAUUAAAGCUUGAAGAGUUUACUAAACGUAUUGGUUAUACUUCUAUUCUAGAAAUUAUAUGUAUUUGUAUAUUUCCAUUCAUUAUACAAUGGUUAAAAUUACUUACAUGUAUACAAUUCAAGUUUACAUUAAACUAUCAAUUAUAUACUCUUGUAUUAAUUGAUUAUUUUAUUAUUUUUAUACCAAUGUUAUUAAUAUUAACAUUUUUUUCAUCUUAUAUUAAUUUAAUUGUAAUUAGUUGUUAUUUAAUUUGUCUCCUAUGGACAAUAUUACCUAAUAUACAUCGAUAUCAUUAUGUAUAUAAUUUAAAUAACUUAUCAUUAAAUAAUUUAAUUAUUUAUUCAAGAUCAACAAUUUAUAUUAUAAGUUGUAUUAUGAUUUAUUGUAUUGAUUUACCAAUAUGUCCUAGACGUUUUGCUAAAUCUGAAGUGUAUGGUAUUGGUUUAAUGGAUAUUGGUACAGGUUUAUUUAUUGUUGCUUCAAGUAUAUCUAAUUGUAAAAUUAUUUGGUCAAUGUCUAUUGAUUAUAAUAAUAAUGGUAAAGAAUUUUUUCCUUGUUUACUAUAUUCCCUUUUACCAUGUUUAGGAUUAGGUGUAAUAAGAACAUUAUUUAUUCAAUUAUUUAAUUAUUGUCAAAAUAUAACAGAAUAUGGUAUAUAUUGGAAUUUUUUUUAUACAAUUACAAUAAUACGUGGUUUUUCAUUAUUAUUCACUACUAAAAAUUCAUUGAGUAAUUAUAUAUUAAAUUUAUCAAUUAAAAAACAAUUACUCUUCUAUCUAAUAUUAUCUUGUAUUUGUUUAUUAUUAUCUGAAUAUUUACCAAUAGUUAUUUAUCCAAAAUAUUUUCAAUUAAAAUGGCAAUUUAAUUCAACUAGUUUAUUAUAUAUUGAAGAGAAUCGUGUACAUUCUAUAUGGAUGGCUAAUUUUGAAGGGAUUCAAUCUAUAUUCGGUUAUGCAUCAAUAUACUUUUGUAGUAUUGCCAUAUUCACUUUAACACGAAUCUAUUUGCUUGUUAAUGAUCAUCAUCAUAAUAAUAAUAAUAAUAAUAAUAAUAAUAAUAAUAAUAAUAAUAAUAAUAAUAAUAAUAAUAAGGAAAAGAUUGUAAAAGGCAAUUAUUUUUCUCCAUUAAUUUCAUUACUUAAUCAUCUAUUUUUAUUCUAUUGUCUAAUUAUUUUUAUUGGAUUCAUAUGUAUUCAUCUACUUGGUGGUUAUUCAAUGAUAUCACGACGUUUUGCCAAUAUAAAUUAUAUUCUGUUUAUUAUAAUUAUUACAUUAAUUUGUAUACUUAUUCCUCUUAGUAUAUUUUCAUUGUUAAUGAAAUUUCAAUCGAAUUUUUUCUUCCAUUCCAAUUAUUCUUUAUUCUGUUUAAUAAUUGAUAAGAAAGGAAUGUUAUAUUUUCUUAUAUCGAAUAUAUUCACUGGUUUCUUGAAUAUACUUCGUUUGAAUGCAUUAAAUUUUUUACCUGAUCAAGAGGUAAACAAUUUCAAUUUCUUACAGGUACAUAUGAUAAUUUAA